CCACCUCUCGCUCCUCUCUCUCUCUCUCUCUCUCUUGAGCGAGGACCAAAAGCGCCGUUUUAAUCUCGAUCUCGAAUUCUCGAUCUCUCGGGGAAGGACGAAGAUGGUAGACGCCUCAGACGACGCCACUCGUCGCCGGAAUGCGCUGGCCGAUUACCGAAAGAAGCUCCUCCAGCACAAGGAGCUAGAAUCCAGGACGCGGACGCUAAGGGAGACUUUGAAGACCACAAAGAAGGAAUUCAGUAAAACCGAAGAUGAUCUAAAGUCUCUCCAAAGUGUUGGGCAAAUAAUUGGAGAGGUUCUUAGGCCACUUGAUAACGAGCGUUUCAUUGUCAAGGCAAGCAGUGGGCCUAGGUAUGUUGUUGGCUGCAGGAGCAAAGUUGACAAGGAGAAGCUGACAGCUGGAACUAGGGUUGUUCUUGACAUGACUACUCUUACCAUUAUGCGUGCUCUUCCACGAGAGGUUGAUCCUGUUGUGCAUAACAUGCUCCAUGAAGAUCCUGGAAAUGUUAGCUAUUCUGCUGUAGGUGGACUAUCUGAUCAAAUAAGGGAACUGAGAGAGUCAAUUGAGUUGCCUCUUAUGAAUCCUGAACUUUUCCUUAGAGUAGGAAUUAAACCUCCAAAGGGAGUCCUACUGUAUGGUCCUCCUGGAACUGGGAAGACAUUGCUGGCCAGAGCAAUUGCUAGUAAUAUAGAUGCAAACUUUUUGAAGGUUGUAUCAAGUGCUAUAAUUGACAAAUAUAUAGGUGAAAGUGCAAGAUUGAUCAGGGAAAUGUUUAGCUAUGCACGCGAACACCAACCUUGCAUUAUUUUCAUGGAUGAAAUUGAUGCAAUCGGAGGACGUCGGUUCAGUGAGGGAACCAGUGCCGAUCGUGAGAUUCAACGAACCCUUAUGGAACUGCUUAAUCAACUAGAUGGAUUUGAUCAAUUAGGGAAGGUUAAAAUGAUUAUGGCGACAAAUCGACCUGACGUUCUGGAUCCAGCUCUUCUUCGACCUGGCCGGCUGGAUAGAAAAAUUGAGAUCCCAUUACCAAAUGAACAGGGGAGGAUGGAAGUUCUCAAGAUCCAUGCUGCUGGUAUAGCAAAACAUGGUGAGAUUGACUAUGAGGCAGUUGUAAAACUUGCUGAGGGUUUUAAUGGAGCAGAUCUCCGGAAUGUAUGUACAGAGGCUGGUAUGUCAGCUAUUAGAGCAGAACGUGACUAUGUUAUCCAUGAAGACUUCAUGAAGGCUGUCAGGAAACUGAAUGAAGCGAAGAAGCUGGAAUCGAGUGCUCAUUAUAAUGCAGAUUUCGGCAAGGAUUAAGUUGUCUAAUGUCUUAAAUAUACAAAUCUUGUAUCUUAAAAGUUAUCUACUCUAUUUGUCCAUUCAAAGUCAUUAGAAUUUUAGCUGUUCCUUUCCUUUCCCCUUCGUUUUAUUUUGGUAACUUUGCCAACAAUUAGCCUGCUCAACUGAGCUCAUUUGCUAGAUGUGUCUUUUGAAAUUAAAAAAGAUCUUUCCAUAGCAUUUUAAA